GAUCGAUUGGAGGAUGUGGAUGCUGCGCAGCGUCCUGUGCGUGUCUCUGGUCUGCGGUCUGGCGCUGGACUCAAACACCAUCAGAUCCUCCAAAGAGUCGACGCCGCAGAGCUCCGAGCUGCCGGAUCGUUCCCAUGACGACAGGAUGGAGACAAAUUCCAACUCCCACCGACGACAAAGCCCGCCAUGUACUUCAACUCAAUGCAACGCACCUCCGAGGGGGCGCUGCAGUAACAGAGCUGACAGAAGGCCGCCCCCCAGUGACGGACAGGCGGACGGACAGGCGGGCAGAGUGACGGGAGGACAGAGGGACGCUGACGGCAACAGGACCAAAGCUCUGGAGAUGUCGAGCUGCGUGCGGUCCGGCGACUGCGCGGACGGCCUGUGCUGCGUCCGGUACCUGACCGGCAAACGGUGCCAGCGGAUCCCGGUGGAGGGCGAGGCCUGUCUGCUGCGAGGUCCAACCAAGCGGAGGAGGAACCUGGGACGCUGCGACUGCGAUGCGGGGCUUUUCUGCGCCGCCGCGGACCGGGUAGAGACGGGCAAAAACAAGGGCCAGGGGGUGUGCGCACCCCGGCCGAAGCAGGGCCAGCGGAAAACAAGGCAUUCUGGGAAGAAGCGGAGGACGGCAGAGGGGAGCUGCUGACGGACUCAUGAACUCUUUAUUUAAGUCUGUAGAAGGUUUUAGAUGUUUCUCAUAUCACAGGUUCAUCCAAUCAGCAGCUGCCACACUUUCUCCACCACUGUCACUUCAACCAA